AUGACCUCAUUCACGACUUUCCUCCUUACUCUUCUGGCUCUCUUUAGCCUCUCCUUCUCUGCUCCCAUACUACGCAGAGAUGUUUUCGUUCCUCCUAUCCUGUACCCCCGAUCCGACACGGUCUGGAUCGCUGGUCAACAUCACAAUGUUACCUGGUCCACCGAUAAUGCACCUGUAAAUAUCACCAACAGUAUCGGCCAGGGCUUCGACAUCUUGGAUGGCCGCGUCGAAAUCCAAGUACCGUAUGUGACGACAGGUUCGAAUUACUCGCUUGUCCUCUUUGGUGACUCCGGCAAUUACAGCCCAGAAUUCACCAUCCUCAGCCAGUAA